UUAUUUUGCAGAGACACUAAAAGACCCGUUUCCGGGUUCCGGGUUGAAGGUGUUCAGAUGACGUCAUGCACUGAAGAUGGCGGAAGGGGAAGGAGGCUGGUGGGGAGGCUGGCUGCAGCAAAGCUUCCAGUCCAUCAAAGACAGAUCGUCCGAAGCGUACGAGUUCAUCAAACGGGAUUUAACGGAGUUCUCCAACGUGGUGCAGCAUGACACGGCGUGCUCCAUCGUCGCCACGGCCAACGCCGUCAAGACCAAGCUGGCCGUGGAAGGUUCGUCCGAGACGACGGAGAAGGUGAAGAAGAGCCUUUCUAACAUUCUGGGCGUGAUCACGGACACGCUCGCUCCUCCGCCCGACAUGACGAUCGACUGCGACGUCAUCACGCUGGUGGCCACGCCGGCCGGAACCACCGAGGUGUACGACAGCACCAAGGCCCGUCUCUACAGUCUACAAGCCGACCCUGCUACAUACUGCAACGAGCCAGACGGUCCUCCGGAGCAGUUCGACGCUUGGCUCUCCUCUUUCAGUCUGGAGGAGAAGAAAGCUGAAAUCUCCGAGCUGCUGGUUAACAGUCCGUCUAUUCGAGCCCUCUACACUAAAAUGGUUCCGGCAGCCGUGGCUCACUCAGAGUUCUGGCAGCGCUACUUUUACAGAGUGUUUCAGCUGGAUCAGGAGGAGGCCAAGAGAGUGGCCCUGAAGCGGCGAGCAGAGGAAACCGCUCAGUCCGAGAGUCUGGGUUGGGAGGAGGAAGAGGAAGACGAGUUCCUAGGAGCCUCGUCGCCGUCUCGCUUGGACUUCACUCCUCCUCCUCCCCCGCCCGUAACCGUAGAGACCGGCCCUUCGCGCGCCUCGUCCUCUGAGGUGGCGGGUCCCCACGGCGACACCGCGUCGGACAUCACUCCGUCGGUCAGCAGCGACAGCGUGAGUCUCCCAACGCAGCUGGAGAUCCUUCCGCAGAGCCACGCCAUCGCGCCAGCCGAGGACGAGAAGCAGAAGAGCGCUGCCGCUGCGGAGGGAGCGAGGGAGGAGGGAGCCAGAGUGAGGGCAGAGGGCGCCAGGGAGGAAGGAGCCAGAGUGAGGGCGGAGGGCGCCAGGGAGGAGGGAGCCAGAGUGAGGGCGGAGGGCGCCAGGGAGGAGGGAGCCAGAGUGAGGGCGGAGGGCGCCAGGGAGCAGGAAGCAAGAAAAUUGGAGGUAGUGCAAGACCUGCGAGUGUUCGAGCUCAACUCUGACAGCGGCAAGUCCACGCCUUCUACUAACGGCAAAAAAGGAUCCAGUACUGACGUGAGCGAGGACUGGGAAAAAGACUUCGACUUGGAUAUGACGGAGGAAGAGGUUCAGCUGGCUCUGUCUAAAACCGACGCCGCCGCAGAGUUUGACGAUGAGGACUGGGAGAACUGGGAGUGAAGAGCCGGAAGCCCGACGACGACGACACGAGGACUUCACCGUUCCCGAACGAACCCGCGCUUUAACGUCUCGAAACUCUUUAGUCUACGCCCACACCUUCGCAUUCAGCCGACGGGAGCAAGACGCUGGCCUGUGGGUCCACCGACCGGGUGACUUCCCGCCAGUGCAGUUUAGUUCAGAGCUGAAUUCAUUCAAUAUUUCCAUUGGAUGAAUAUUUCCAUAUGUUUAUUCAGGGGGAAAAUUGGCUUUAGAGCAGAAGUGGAAGAUGAACAGGACACGUCUGGGUUCAUGCGUGUCUUAAAAAAAAAACAACCUGAUAAUAAAAAAUGUACAGAUCAGCCCAGAGAUUGAGGUAUUGAUGGUAUGGAUGACUGCACCUAAGCUUACAGUAUGUCAGCUCUUCUACUUUUCCAGUAAGAGUGGGGAAAUAUAUCACCUUUCUGGGCUUCAUAAGUAGCCGUACUCUCAUCAUGCUACUUGUUCCGUUUAUAGGAUUAGACACGAGUCCUGGUCUGUAAUUUAUCUGUUUCUCAUUUUGUGUUUCUUUCUUCAGCAUAUUGUCGUUCGGCUUUAUGGGAUUUUUUUUUUCUUCUUUUCUUUCCUUCUUCUGUCUACGAAGUACUAACUUCAUCUAAUCUUAUGCAAGUGAUGGAAUUAGCGUAAAAGUACGUUCUGCCUUUUCAUAGACGACUGUUGCACUUUCGUUUCAUGAAUACAAUACGCUACAGGACUUUGUUCAGUGUUGUGUGGAAUGUUUGGGGGGCGCGGGGUGUAAUUUGUCACUUGUUGAAACUGUUCAUAUUUGACUAAACAUAAGCCGAUGUAA